AGGAGGGGUCUUACUAUGUGGUGCAUUCCCCUGUUUGACACCCGUUUAUGCUUUGUUAAUCAACAGGAGCUUGAAGAAAUCCGCAAAUGUGGAAUGAAAAACUUCCGUAACAUCCAGGUUGAUGAAGCUAAUUUAUUGACUUGGCAAGGGCUUAUUGUUCCUGACAACCCUCCAUAUGAUAAGGGGGCCUUCAGAAUUGAAAUCAACUUUCCAGCAGAAUACCCAUUCAAACCACCGAAGAUCACGUUUAAAACAAAGAUCUAUCACCCGAACAUUGAUGAAAAGGGGCAGGUCUGUCUGCCAGUAAUUAGUGCUGAAAACUGGAAGCCAGCAACCAAAACCGACCAAGUAAUCCAGUCCCUCAUAGCACUGGUGAACGACCCCCAGCCCGAGCACCCACUCCGGGCUGACCUAGCUGAAGAGUACUCUAAGGACCGUAAAAAAUUCUGUAAGAAUGCUGAAGAGUUUACAAAGAAAUAUGGGGAAAAGCGACCUGUGGACUAAAAUAUGCCGUGAUUGAUUCCAGCAAGUGUGAUCAGAGACCUGAGCAGUGCAUUCAGAUCCCCCGCAAAGCAGGACUCUGUGGAGAAUUGACGCGUGCCACCGCCUGGCGUCCGCUUGUGGCAAUUACUAACUUUCUACAGUUUUCUUAAUCAAAAGUGGUUUAGGUAACCUGUAAAGAAAGGAUUAAAAAUUUAAGAUGUUCUAGUUCUGCUUUCUUUGUUUUAAAAAUCAGUGCUUCAAUCUAUUUCAAAAGAAUGGUGUUUCUUUUCUCAUCCAAAUUUAUCCAACAAUCUUCUACUUUAAUUCAGUAGCCCAUAAGGUUUAAAAAAACGGGCGGGGGAAAAGGUCAUGGUUCACCUUCCUGCAGCCCUUGCAACUCCCACUUUCUUGCAUUCAGUUUAUUUUUCACCUGUUCACUUCCCCAGACCCACGUCCUGUCUCCUCCGCAAAGGAGAAGAGACGCUGCUGGCAUUUCUGUUGGCUUUUCUUCCGUGUUGCACUGCCUGGUAUGGAAGUUAGUUCCAAUUCUCCUGAUUCCAGUGUAUAGCAUCCUUUAAAAAAAUUUUAAAAACAAGCAAACAGACACACUUCUUUUUAAAAAAAAAA